CUUGAACUAGUUUUGUAUCAAAAUUCAAAACCAAGUACUCCAAAUAAGGCAAAGAAAAAGGAUCAUACCAUCUAGUAGACGAACAGGUAGCAACCUCCAUAUUUGAUCACCAGAUAUUAUUCCUUUCCAGUUUCCAUACUAAGAAUCCAGCAUUUAUUACGGCUUUACCUUUCAAAUUCUUCUUUAUAUAUCUUCAAACGAUAAACGUUGGAGGGCAUAUCAAUGUCUUCAUCAGAUCUCUCAACGAUCCUGCCUAGAGUCCUCAUCGUCUCCCGGAGGACCCUUCGGAAGAACAAGUUCGUGGAUUUUGUGGGAGAAUAUCAUCUAGAUCUGAUAGUAAGCUAUGGGGCAGUUCCUGUGAUUGUACCAAGAGUUAGGGGAUUGCAUAUGCUGUUGCAAAGCUUUGAACCAAUCCAUGGUGUUCUUCUCUGUGAAGGUGAGGACAUUGAUCCAUCACAUUAUGAGGCAGAGAUUUCAGGUUUAUCAGAGGAGGAACUGGAAGAGAUAAGAAACCUGCAUGCUAGUGAUACAGACAUUGAUAAAGAGAAAGACACAAUUGAAUUAAGCCUUGCAAAAUUAUGCCUUGAAAGAAACAUACCAUACUUGGGUAUAUGCAGGGGAUCUCAAGUACUCAAUGUUGCUUGUGGAGGAACACUCUAUCAAGAUGUGGAGAAAGAAAUCUCAAAGAAAUGCAAAGAAUUAGAAGGAGGAGUAGUUCAUAUGGACUAUGAAAAUUAUGAUGGGCAUAGGCAUGUGAUCAAGGUAGUGGAGAACACUCCAUUGCACAAAUGGUUUGAAGAAUCAUUGGAGGAGAAGAUGGAAAUCAUGGUCAAUAGCUAUCACCAUCAAGGUGUCAAGAAAUUAGCUAAUCGUUUUGUUCCGAUGGCGUUUGCUCCGGAUGGUUUGAUUGAAGGGUUUUAUGAUCCUGAUGCUUAUAAUCCUGAAGAGGGUAAGUUCAUCAUGGGACUUCAAUUUCACCCGGAACGAAUGCGGCAACAAGAUUCAGAAAAGUUUGAUUACCCUGGAUGCCCAUCUGCAUACAAGGAAUUUGCUAAGGCAGUUAUUGCUUAUGAAAAAAGGCUUAAUCCCUCCUCAGCUUGUGUUCCAAAAUCUCUGAAGCUUGAUCCAGAAUUGGAGACGAAAAGGAAGAUCCUUGUCCGGAGUUUCUCUAUCGCAAGAGACAUGUACAGCAAUGGAAUGGUUUCAGGUCAAGAAUCAGAACUGGAAGUUGGAGCAAAGUUCCUAGAGGCAAAUACUGCAUUGAGUUCACAGCAAGAGAAGAGGCUGAAACAAAUGGGUGCAACAGUGAGAAAUGCAUCUGCAUACAAAGAAAGGCUGAAAAUAAAUGAAGAGAAGAGCAUAGUUGCAAGGGCGAUAAUGGGCAAAAUGUCUAUUGAACAAUUAUCUGAUUUGAUGUCCUUCUACCACAUGAUGGGCCAGAUAUGUUCAGAAGCCAUGGAGAAGAAGCUUCAUGACUUGGUGAAUGAAGGAAUCUAAUCAAAAUGGGGUUCCACCCCUUUGAAGUUUUUCUGUAACUAAAUAAUCCUAAAUUGACAAAUUGUUCAAAGAUGGCGGUAUUCUUUUUGGGGGUAGGGACUUUUCAAUAAGUUCUUGGGGCAUUUACUUGGUAUUUGGGCAUUGACCCUGUGAAAUUCAAAUUUAUUUUGCCAGUCUAAUAUCUUUAUGCUUCUA